AUGGCUGCGGAGGCUGCCAGCAACGAGGCCAGCACCUCUCCCAAGCGGAAGCUUACAUUUCUCGAUCUUCCGCAUGAGACUCAACAGGGUAUAUUGUCUCAUUGUUCUCAAUCCGAGCUGAUCUGCUGUGCUCUCGUCUCUCGACACUUUCAUGAGCUUGCAGCAGCGUUUUUGUAUCGCAGCUUUAACAUCCUCUUCCCCGAUGACGAUGAUGUGCGGUUCGAAUCCCCAAUAGAUGGUCUUGCGGGUGGCCUUGAUACCUUUACCACGAGCGAUUACAACUAUGCGAAGCAUCUAAGAGAAUUGUCUAUGGAUACAGUCAGUACUGGUAUCAAAGCCGAACAUGCAUACAAACCGUAUCUAUACAGCACAAGUUGUGGCAAAUUUCUCAAUACUUUGCUCUAUCUGACCCUCAAGAAAGCCACAUCACUUGAGACUUUCAGGUGGAACAUCAGAGUUGAGCUCAGCAGGCCUGUUUAUCGUGAGCUGCAUGAAAUCGAAACAUUGACGAAAUUGCAUAUUCGUCUACAAGCUGGCGACACUUAUUACACCACUCCCCCUCCUCUGCCACUGAGUAUUGACAAUCUGCCUCCAGCUCCAACACAUUGGUCAGACAUCCCCCCUCCUCCUCCUCCUGGACCACCUCCACCAGUAUUCUCGGCUUCUCUGGCCGGUGCUAUGACAUCUCUGCCAGUUCUCACAUCACCUCCUCCUUUACUCCCAUCCUCGAAACAGUUCUCCAAGUCAAAGACAGGUAAACGGGAUUCUACGGCUCACGAUCCCGCGACACUUUCGGGGUUCAAGAAGCUGAAAAGCCUGUCUGUUCUUGAUAUCGAUAAUGUGGAACUGGUUCCGGAGCUCAAGACUUGUGUCCGUAAUUCUUCCGCUACUCUCACCGAACUGCACCUUUCUCUAUCCGAUUCUCUCGCACUACAGGCUAGACGACCACCACCAGACUCUGACCCGGACGAUUCCGAUGUUGACGAUGAGUUUCAAGUGGUGCCUGUUUCUCAGAGCACCAGUUUCGAUGCUAGUGUUCCCGCUAAGACAUUUCGCUCUCAGGAGGAGCGUAAACUUCAGGAGAGCAUUCUAGGGAGGAUAUUCGACGUUGAGCCUUUCAUUGUCAAGAAGCCUGCACUUAACCAGAGUCCUCGCGAAGCAGCGACGAGUCAAGUUGAAGGACAGGAAGAUCAGAACAACGAUAUCUCAGAAGAUCCCGGCGAGGAGUUUAUAUCAUCCCUUCACAACGCAUCCACGAAGUUGAUGUUACAAGUCAAUGGCACUCGCGAACCCUCUCCAGCACAACAAGAGACUCUGGAUAUGAUUGUGAAAGCAGCAAAAAAAUACCUGGAGUCUAAGCACUCCUCUCAACAACCGGAUGAUGCAUCUGCAAGCGCUUCCGCUUUGCAUAAGGACAGCGAAGAUCAGCAAAUUGGUGAGAGCAGCACAACUGACACAGCGCCGGCGGAGACAACAAGUUUACUUUCACGAACUAAGAACAGGGAUUCGAGCGACGAUGCGUCACCAGACGAUAUCGAAAUUGAGCACAUGGGCACGGUAGAUGACCUGGAAUUGGAUUCGGACGAGCAACAAACCAAGGAGGCGGAAGUUAAGGAAUCUCAGAUGUCGGAAGCAGAGUGUUCCUCUGACAUGGAUCCGAAGGAUACAGUUGCGAAGUCCGCCACGAGCCCUGGGCUGAACAAGAUCGACGUAAACCUUGAUGCGCAGAGAGUGAACUAUGAGUCACUGUUUUCAAACCUGCAGCACUUACAGAACGAGAACGAUGCGUCCAUCCAGAAAAUCAAAGCAAUAUCUGUUCAGGAUAGUUCCGAUGACGUCGAUCAGUUUAGUAACUCGGUUAAUCAACUCAAAAAGCUGAGCCAACAAGCUGAACGUAUCCGGGAUGCGAUCCGAACUACCCACAUCGAAAUGAAACACAUUGAGAAACAAGUCUUUCACGAUUCUAACGACAAGACUGAAGAAAAGUCACGACGUUCCAUCGAUGACUAUAUCCGAAACACAAGGGGCAUUUCACUUGAAACACUAAGCAUUCAUCUAAUCCCCGUCAAGGCUUCUGUUCUGUCGAGGGCGAUUGACUUGAGCUGCCUCAAGAGCCUUACCUUGCUCAAUGUGGGUAAUCAAGGGCCAAUCUGGACAUUACUUUCGAAAGAGAACACAGCCUCCCCGCUAGCGCUACGUAGUGUCUUCACUGAUAACGUCUCUAUUGGAUUCUUGAACUGCAUGUCACAGCUCAAAGAAUUGCACGACUUGUUUCUAUUGGAACGAAGUGCUAAGCAUAAGCCCGAGAGUUUUGCCCCGCGGACUGCUGUCACAAUUGACCAGAUUCGUCGACUAGUUCUCAAAAAGCAUAUGCACACCCUUAAAAGAUUGAUGAUCAAGGACGAAUCGAACAGUAGCGGGUGGGAUGCAAACCAGAAGGCGAUGAUACUCAUCUGCAACCGUGGUGUUCAGCUGGAGGAGCUAGCUCUCAGUAUGAACAUCCACGCAGUGCACGCUUUCAUGCAAUAUUUUGCUGGUCUGGUCAAUCUUCGUGCUAUUAAUGUGCUUCGAUUUAGGAACAACGACACCUGUAUCUGGGUCAUGCGAGAGAUUCUCAACUUUAUCGUUGAUAACCUAUCUCAUCAUCCCGAGCUGAAACUGGAGUGGAUCGCCAUGGAGGAUGAUCGACUUGAUCGCGUCAUCCGCCCUACAGAUAUUCCUGAUGAAGGAGAGAAAAGACGUAGCAAAGGCAAAGAAAAGGCCACUGUGAACCACCACCAUAACAAUAGCAAUCUUCCGAUGCUUCCAUCCUGGGGUUCGGAUAGCGAUAGUGAGGAGGAUGACGACGAUGCCUCGAACUGUGGAAAGAGACUUCGACUUCAAACCGUGGGUGUCCUCCAGUUCUAUGAGGUCUGGGGUGUCAAGAUCUUUGACAAGGAAGUUCGAUCCGGUCGACUUUGA